CGAAAAAAAAUGAUUUAUAUAAAGUUUUUCGUAAUUUAUAUGAGAACAAAAAAUUGGGUCCAAACAUUUUUCCAGCAUUUGAUGAAAACAUGAUUUAUUCCUCUGCCGAAUUCGGUAAUCAAAAACGUUUAAAUGUCACUAUAGAAGGAAAACAAUUUAUUGCUAUCCUUAAAUUUAGUGCCGAGAUUGAUUUUAAUUUAUUGAAAAAUUAUAUUGAACAAGAUAAUUAUCAAAUUCUGGAUAGUAAACUUUUAAACCUCUUGCGAGUUCUCAAUAUAUAUCUUAAUUCUGAUGUUCGUUCAAGAAACUUAACUCUUGGAAGGAGAACCUUUCCAAUUCCCGAUAAACCACAAUAUUUAUAUGGUGGACUUGAACUUAUGUUUGGAUUUUAUCAAAGUAUUCGUUUAGGGUGGAAUCAAUUACUUGUCAAUCAUGAUAUUUGUGCCACAACAUAUUAUCCAUCGGGAAAGUUGAUUGAUUUACUUCCUUUAAUUCUCUCUCAUGUAAACUUACGUAAAGGACUUUAUGAUAGAGAUAUUCAAAAUCUUAAACGAUUUUUAAAAAAUUUAAAAUUUACUACUACUUAUUCUGAUUCUGAAAAAACUAUUACUGAUAUUACCUCCCUGCCUGCUAGUAAACAAACUUUUAUGAAAGAUGAAGUGCAAACUACUGUUAAAAAAUAUUUUGAAGAUUCAGAAUUACCAUUAGUAUAUCCAAACCUUCCGUGUAUUGUAGUUAAAAAAGGUUAUCGCACUAGUUUCUUUCCUUUAGAAGUAUGUGUGUUGGUUCGUGGUCAAAAACAUAAGACUGAUGACCUCACUCAACUUCAGCAAGAGGAUAUGAUUAAAAAGACUGUGAUUGGACCAAAGGAGAGAUUUGAUAGGAUAAAUAAAGGUAUUCAAAAGGAGUACAAACAUGGAAGUGAUAAAAGGUUACAGUCUAUUGAAUUUCAUGUGGAUAACAGUGGAUUCAUGAAACUCAUUUCACCAAACAUGAUUGUUAACAAUAAACAAAUAACUACAGAAAAAGGGGAAUGGGAGAUUAUUAAAUUUAAUGAGAGUGACGAUUUAUAUAAUUGGUCUGUAGUUUGCUUUGAUUUAGAACUAAAAAUUAACUUAAUUGAGUCUGCAAUCAGACUCUUGAAGGAAGUAUUAAUUUCAAAAGGCUUGCAACAAGAAGAAGAUUGUUUAUACGCAAAAAUAAAAAGAAUUUGCUAUUUGGAAUUAGGCAUUAUGAACCAAUGUAUUCUAACUAAGGGUCUUAAAGAUAAUCGUAGAUUAAGACAAGUUUUUAAUAAUAUGGCAUUAAAAAUAAAUGCUAAACUCAAUGGUAACAAUUCUCGGUUGGCCGAUGAUGUUUAUCAUCCAAGUAGAGAUGAUAAGAAAAAAGGUCGACCUAGUGUACCUGCAAUUUGUGGUUCAAUGAAUGACACUUUAACAGAAUAUUGUUGUCGUUAUCGUAUGAAUGAGAAGUUAAGACAUGAUGUUGAUAUUAUAGAGAAUCUUAAUGAUAUGGUUUUAGAAUUAUUUGAACAACGUAAAGCCAGAGGAGGUCUUCUUCCAGACCAAAUAAUUUUUUAUCGAGAUGGCGUUGGAGAAACACAGUUUGAAACUGUUAUAGAGGAUGAAUUGGAACCCUUACUUGUUGCUCUUAAAGAUUAUUAUAAAUCUGAAAAUCUGCCACCACCAAA